AUGAAUACUAGAAAUGGUUGUUCGUAAUUUCCAACUCUCUUACAAAUACUGACUUAUAUUCUCUAUAUUUUAAUUGUUAUUAUGACAUACAUUCAUACACUAAUUUUAGAGGAAUAUGUAAAAUGAUAACCAUAUAUAUAGUUUGUACAUGAUAUAAUUUUAUCAUUUUUUGUUUCAAUCUCAUGUUAUUUUUUUAUCAAAACAACCAUAAGUGAUCCCACAGAUUGUUAUGUCAUUUAACAAUAAAAAAAUAGAGGGUAUUUUAAGUUUAGAAAAUUUAGAAAAGCCUUUGAUUAUGAAGAACAUCAACUCACAUAAUUUUGUGAUCUUUGCAUUGCUUAUGUUAAGGAAACAACAAAACAUUGUAAAUAAUGUAAUAGGUAAAUUUAAAUUUCUAUUAGAUGUUGCGAAGACUUUGAUCAUCAUUGUAGAUGGAUCAACAAUUGCAUAGGUGGAAAAAAUUAUAAAUAAUUUAUAGGAAUGAUUGUAUUUACAUUCUUAAUCAUUUUGUAUUCCAUCAUUGUUAAUAUAAGAGUAAUUAACUAAUACAAUAAGUAAGAACUAUAAACAUUAACUGUAAAUAUUUUCAGAAUAUUAAAGAUCUAUUCUAAAUACUAAAAUUCUAUGUUAAUAAUAGCACUUAUUUUUUUAGUUCUUGAAAUAAUUACCUCAAUAUUUCUAGUAAAAUUAAUUGUAUUUCAUGCAUAUCUUUAUAGAAAAGGUAUUUCUACAUACGAAUUUAUAAUUUAAAAAAGAAAUAAUUAAGUUUAGCCUUCUAAUUCUUCUGAAUUUAAUAUCAUCAAUAAUUAAGAUAGUAAAAUGGAUAUUAUUAAGAAUAAUUAAGAAUAGGAGGAUCAAUGUACAAUUUUUAGAAAAGAAAAAUAAAACAGUCAAAUUUAUAUUAAUUAAGUGAUGAUAAAAAAGGAUGAAUCCAUUAAUUCAUCAAAGAAAAAUAGUUAGAAUAUAUAAAAGAAACAAUAACUGACAUAAGGAGAGAGUGACGAUUCUCAAAAAGAAGGUGUAAUUCAUUUUUAGUCUUAAAAAAUUCAAACAAAUAUAGAUACUAGAUUACAAAAGCAUUAAUUAAAUAAUAUUGAUGUUAAGAUACCAAAAAUAACUUAAUUAUAAUGA